UUAGUUUAAUUUAAAAUGUACGUCAAUUUUUUUUUUGCUUUUUAAACAGAAGCUGUCGAAAUUGAAUAUUGGAGAUAAAUUAUCAAUAAAUUACUGUUUCAAAUUAACGUUCCUUAAAUUUUCAUUGAAGUCGACUUGAAGUAUACAAUUCACUAAAAAUGGCUUUUCGUAUGGUUCGUCAUAAAGCUCUUCAAUCUGUGGUGUUAUCUACAAUGACGAUACGAAACAGAUCAAAUCUAACUCCAAUGGCUGGUUGGUUGGAAAAACCAAAAAGUUUAUUAUUUCACCCAACAAAUAUACUAAAACAUGCCGAGGUCAUACCCAUUGGACUUAUAACAUUGCUUGGAUUCACUUGUGAAAUUCUCUAUACCAUACGAACGGCAUUCACAAGAGACGAUGUUAGAUUUUUAAACAAAAAGAUGGCUUGCGAACAAAUUGAGACUAGGGAAGGUCCUCUCUAUCCGGCCCCAAUUAGAAAGUUUCGAGUAUACAAUCAAAAAUAUGAAGUGCCAAAGGGUCUGAUUGAGGCUACUCGACCAUCAAUUGACUAAGGAGAUUUUUUCCAACAACAAAAAACGAUCUCUAAACCACACAUUGCAUUGGAGUUUUGAUAACGAAACUUGUAAAUAAAUAAAAAAAACAAAUUCCUAACAAAAUUAUUAUAACGAUA